CGCGGGGACAGCGCGUGCAUGUAUGUAUACGCGCGCCGGCAAGCUUUCUUUAGAUCCGCCAAAAUCUGCUGCACUGGCUUGCGACAGCUAGCACAUCCACGAUGCCACCGCCUGCGGCCGGCUGGCGAGAGCGUCUCAGCGACAUGUACGAUAGGGUCAAAGGCGUUCCCAAGGCGCCAACUGUGUCUCCCACUGCUGCGGCUCUACUGUCGACUGCGUUCGUGGUGAUCUACGUGCUUCCGUUCUAUCUAUCUUCGGCAACUCGACCAUCUCCGACUCUUACCCGCGAUGCGCCCUCAUCGAUACGCGCGCGGACCCGGGCAGUGACGUUCUCCACGAUUACUUGCACGCUCAUUACUGUGCUGUACCUAUAUCAGCAUGACGUCUCGGCAUACGGACUGCUGCACCUUUUGGGUGUUUGGCCCAUCUCUGUCUUGGACAUCGCGCGAGGCAUGCUCUUAGUAUGCAUCCUGUUUGCUGGACCAUUGUUUGAGAACGGUAUUGUAGAUGGUGACUACAAAGACUGGAUCAAGUUCAAGGGACUUCACGAAACACUAAGUAGCUGGAUCGGAUAUAGGAACUUCGUAGUCGGCCCUGUCAGCGAGGAAAUCGUGUGGCGCUCACUCAUGGUUCCGCUACAUCUGCUCGCGCACUUCACCGAAAAGCAGAUCGUCUUCCUUACCCCACUCUACUUUGGCAUCGCCCAUGUGCACCACCUUUACGAAUUCCACAUCACGCACCCGGAAGUGCCAAUGCUAAUGGCUUCUCUGCGCUCGCUGUUCCAAUUCACAUACACCUCGCUCUUCGGCUUCUUUGCUACGUUCCUGUACCUGCGGACAGGCAAUGUUUAUACGUGCAUAUUGGCGCACACAUUCUGUAACUGGAUGGGUCUACCUCGAUUCUACGGACGCGUUGGAGUAGAAGCUGGUGUGCCAAUUGGACCACCAGAUGUGGAUAAGAAGGACGACCGGUCGAAGAGUACCGCAUCAUUCCAGGGAACGAGUGUUACAUGGACCGUAGCAUACUACAUAAUUCUGGUAGCGGGGUCUGUGGGGUUCUAUUAUCAAUUGUUCCCCUUGACGGAAAGCGCGCAUGCCCUACUGAUUCGGUCAGCGAAGGGCAGUAUCGUGGCUUGAGAAAAGACAGCUUCCUCGCAAUUGCCGCACGACUUUUAAUGUGCUGUUCUUGUUGGAUAAUAAUAGAC